UUACUUAUUUAUUUAAGAAAAUAAAUUUCUAAAAAUAAAAUAAAAUUCUACGACUAGUAGUAUUCUACGGUGGGUAAGGGUAGGGUCGGGUUAUCAGCACGAGAAAAUCUCUUUCCCGCUCCUUCCUCCCUUCAAAUCUCACUCAUUCCUUCUCUCUCUCCUCCUUCACUUCACUUCUCCUUUACCAUUUUUCACAACUAUAAUCCCCUCGCAAUAACAAUACAAUUUAUUUUUCGGGUUUUUCGUUUUUUGAUACAAAAAAUAAUCCAAGUAUACAAGAGGCUUUUGAUUUUGGUUUUGAUUUUAUUUUUUGUAUGUAUGAGUUGCGAACAUGGACACUCCUGAAAGGAAUCAGAUCGGAACACCCGUUUCUAAAUUUGAGGAGUCUCCUUUUUCCAACUUUAUCAACAGCUUGUCUCCUAUCAACCCAACGAAGACGAUUCACGUUUCUCAGACGUUUGGCUCGCUUAGUUUUACCUCACCUCCAUCUGUAUUUACUUCACCCCAUGUGAGCUUUCAGAAGGAUAAUAAGUUCUUAAGAAGGCAUCUGGUUUCAGAUCUUGCGAGACAUCAGCUGUCAAUAGAUGAAGGAAACAAAGACUCUAUCACAGAAGAAGACGGCAGCACGGAGCAUCACCCUGAAAGUCUGCCAAAUGUACAAAUUAGAGGUGACGGUGGUGAAGGUUCUGCCAAGCCACUCGAAGAUGCAUCAGACUGUGCAGCCGAGCUGCCAAGGGAACUUAAAUAUGACAGUGGAAGUCCUCGCCACUGUGAGGCAGUGAAUUCCUCUGGCAAUGAAACAAGAAGUGAGCCAGACACAUCAGUAGCCCUUAUUCAGUUUAUCCAGGAGCCUUCUGAUAGAGGUUCCUUUGAGACAGAAUCGAAUGCUAAGGAGACGAACCAUGAUAACGAAGAGGAAGGAUGUGAUUGGCAGAGCCUGAUAUCUGGUAGUAGUGACCUUUUUAUAUUUGAUUCACCUAAUGUUACAGAAACUUCAAAAGGGUCAUUGCCAAAAUCACAAGAAGAAGAAACAAAUGUUUUUGCGUCUCUUUUGGCACGCUUUCCAUCUGAGCAGGCAUAUGAUCUGCAAACUUCGCUUCAAGUUGGUUCUGCUAGUUGUCAUGAAGCACAUGAAAUUAGAGAACAAUCAACUCAACCCACAGAGGCAACCGAGAUGAAUCAAAUAGACCAGCCAUCAGAGAAUUUGGAAAGUGCCUCUGUCAAUGAAUUAUUUUCUGGUGAAAAACCAGGAAAGCAGCCUUUCAGUAGUAUUCAUAGGGGAUUACGACGGCGAUGCCUUACCUUUGAAAUGCCUAGAACAAAAAGGAGUAUAGAUAGUGUUCUUUUCUCCACAUCUAUGGCUUCUUUACCGAAUGAGGAAAAUCCUCCCUCCAACAGGCAGCCCAUCACGCCCAGGGUUGAUCCUGCAAAGCGCAUUAUGCCAGGUAUUGGCCUGCAUUUAAAUGCACUGGCUGGAGUUUCGAAGGGCAGCGGAAUCUCCAACCAAGAGUUGCUUUCUACAAAUACACAGGAUCCUCUUACGAACUCCUUAACUUCUUUAAGAGAAGAUGUUGGUCCUGCUGAAAAUAUAGUUGAAAUGGCAGAAGAUUCUUCUCAAGCAUCAGUGUAUGCAGCUACUGAGGACUUAAAUUCAAAUAGUCCAAAGAAAAAGAGGCGCAAAUUUGAGACUAUUGGGGAAGGGGAGUCGUCGUGUAAACGUUGCAAUUGUAAAAAAUCAAAGUGCUUGAAGCUCUAUUGUGAAUGCUUUGCGGCUGGUGUUUAUUGUGUUGAGCCAUGUUCCUGUCAAGACUGCUUCAACAAGCCCAUUCAUGAAGAAACAGUUCUUGCAACUCGUAAGCAGAUUGAAUCUCGUAACCCACUAGCAUUUGCUCCCAAAGUGAUCAGGACCGCAGAUUCAGCUCAAGAGGUCGGGGAAGAUACAACCCGAACUCCAGCAUCAGCCCGUCACAAGCGAGGAUGCAACUGCAAGAAGUCAAAUUGUCUGAAAAAAUAUUGUGAAUGUUAUCAGGGCGGUGUUGGAUGCUCCAUCAAUUGCAGAUGUGAAGGGUGUAAAAAUGCAUUUGGUAGAAAAGAUGGGUCCAAUCUGAUUGGCACAGAAGCAGAAAUGGAAAAGAUACAAGCCUCUGAGAAAUCCGUGCAGGAUAAAACUUCAGAUAUACAUGCAUUCCACAAUGAUGAAGGCCAACAUUCUGAAUUCGCCAUCCCAAUGACACCAUCAAGGCUUUUCAGGCAAUCAAUUCCAGUGGCAACUUCCUCAAAGGGAAAGCCGCCAAGAUCUUCCUUAGGAAUGAUUACUUCAUCCUCAGGUCUGCACCAAGUUGAUGGACCAGGAAGAUCAACAUUUCUUAGAACAUUAUCUAGGCCUGAGAAGCAUUUUAAAAGUGUAGCAGAUGAAAUCCCUACAGUUCUUCAAAACUGUAGUCCUCCCAGCAGUGGUUUAAAGACUUUGUCUCCAAACAGUAAGAGGAUCUCUCCUCCUCACCAUGCCAAUAGACAGACCUUCGGACAUAGGAGCAGCCAGAGCAGCCGUAAGCUGAUCCUGCAGUCUAUCCCAGCGUUCCCUUCACUCAGUCCAAGACGCUGAAUUUGCAAAUUACCAUCAAAAUUUGUAAUAACACACCUAUCAUCUCCACUUCUCUAGGUGGAGUUAUAAGUGUGCUAAUUAGUGUUAUAGUCCUUAUAACACACCUAUCAAUCCUCUAAUUAGUGUUAUAGCUGUAUAAUAUUGCUAUAAUUUUUUUCCCUUCUCAUUUCAAUUUUUUUUGUUAGGUGAAAUUCUUUUCACUAUUUCAUAAUGCUUAAAUUCCAAACUAGGAUGUGAAUGUAUUAGACUAUUUUAGGAUGUUAGGAUAUUUGUAAGAAUGUAACGGCCCAAUGGUAGUCUAGCUCUAUUCUAAGGGUUGUUCAGUGAACUAUAAUACUUUCCAUAUUGCUCGUAUCUUUCUAUUUCGCGUCUUUAAGAUUGUAGAACACCACGAAAGCUUGGGUGUCUAAAUCCCAGCUAUAUAUGUUGUAAAUAAAUUUUGACAGUAGUAGAUAAUCAUAACUACCAUAAAAUGUAAAUGUGUU